AUGGACGGCGCUCCCGUCGAGGCUCGUUCGCUGGGGUCUAUCGUCAGCCUCGCCUCGAACCCGCCGGCGUAUCCCAGGAAUCCAACGCAGAAGCCGCUGGAGCCGCUCGUUCUGUACAUUGUUCGCGUGCCCGGCAGCAAAGAUAUCUUUCUCUCGCCGCUGAAACCGCCGACAAAGUCCAGUCUCUCUCCCGAAUCUCUAAAUGCGUCCUUAUACUUCAUACAUGUGGCAGGGCCGCGGGACGAAGAAAUCCUAGAAUCUAUAGCAAAAGAACGGCAUACCCAGCAACAACAUCAGCAGCAACAGCAGACUAUGAAUCCAAUACCGCAAACAAGCAAACUCGCGAUCCUGAAUCGGACUCGCAGAAAACCGGUGCCUGGCGUAUCCACGGCGGCCAAUGCCCAACAGGAAGCGGCCCCUCCCCUACCAACCCGACCCCAACUUAUAACCCAAGAUCCAGAGCAAAAUGCAAAUAUAAGAUGCGAAAGGGAGCAGGAGGAUCUAGCUCUAGGGAGUGUAACUCCUGUGCAUGAGCAUUCUCCUAUCGGCGUGUCAGGGUCGCCCGGCCAGCCUCUGUGGGAGCCGCAACCACCGAUUCUCCCACCUCGACCACUCCCCGUUCAGCCUGUUGAUGAAGACACACGGCGGUGGAGUGCCCAGGUAACCGCAUCAAUAUCCGCUAUAGGGUCGCCGCAGUUGCAGAGUCGGCAUGACCAGACUUCUGGAACAACAGUGCGAGCCAGCUGGGAUGGCGGCAGGAGGCCGUUAUUCCAGCCUGAACCCACACCACGCCCCCAGAGCCAACGAGGUCUCUUACACAUACCAGAGGACGAAGGUCCUAAACCACCGCUGCCCCUGAGGCCGAGGAAAAGCUACGAGCGGCCACGAGAGGCUGCUCCUGCACCCCCUUUCCACUUGACACUCAUACGACGUGAUCCAACCCACAGCAGCCAGUGGAACGUCGGCACAAUCGAUAACAUAGGCAGCUCCCCUUCUGAAGGGAGACAAGACGGCUCUAUCAAAGUUGAAAUCACCACGCCUGGCUAUCAGAAAUUCGCAGUUGAUACGUCUCGAAUGUCAUUUGAGAGUCUAGGCAUCAAGCUUCCUGCCGCUGCGCGCCGCUCGGACACUGCACGGCCCCCACAGCAAAGCAUGUCAUCGAAUAUGUCCCGAGAGGUAGAGGAUAUGUCAGAUACAGGCCGCGGGGCAGGCCCUGUCAAGUUCACCCGUCUCCUUAAGCUCUGGCAGCCACCGCAGUUGUCGUCUCACCAUAGACACCAGCCCUCAUCUCACGGCGAGAUGUUCAAUCUCUCCUCCCCCAAGGCCAACAAGUACCCUCAAAAGUCUAACGGACAUUACCAGUUUCUGUCCAUUUGGAACGGUUACUGUAACUUUGUCACUGCUGCCAACGGAAGGACUUUAAAGUGCAAGCAUACCAUCCCAGGAGCUGCAGGGACAUCGCCAUCCUCAGCCACAACUACAACAGUAGCUGAAAUACGGUUCAACCUGCCAACCUUACUGCCCCGGCCGUCCAGCUCGAGUGACCAAAAUAGCAGCCCAACCAAGAGCUCCCCCUGGGUCGGAGAGUUAGAUCUAAGUCUUGCGCGCGAACGGGCUGGCGGAGGUCUACGCGGCAACAGCGCUAAGCUGGGCAAACUAAUCAUUGAAGACGAGGGUCUAAAGAUGUUAGAUUUGGUCGUUGCUAGUUGCAUGGGCGUCUUUUGGAAGUAUUACGAUAAUAUGUAG